AUGGGUGAGGAGGUCCCUAUUAUUGACUUCUCUGCGUAUGGGUUGUUCCAGCCACAGGACGGAGCCAGUAGUGCCAGGAUGGGAGAAGAAAUCCUGCUUAUCGACUUCUCAGCGUACGGGCUGUCCCAGCCUCAGGACGGAGCCAGUAGUGCCAGGAUGUGUGAGGAGGUCCCGAUUAUCGACUUCUCAGCGUACGGGCUGUCCCAGCCCCACGGAGCCAAUAGUACCAGGAUGGUUGAGGAGGUCCCUAUUAUCGACUUCUCAGCGUACGGGCUGUCCCAGCCUCAGGAGGGAGCCAGUAGAGCGGAGCUGGCCACCUUAGCGCAGAGCCUGACUCACACACUGUCCACUGUGGGGUUCGCAUACCUGACUCAUGUGGGCAUCAGCCAACAGGAGGUGGACGAGUUGUUCGAAGUGUCGGACCGGUUCUUUGACCUGCCGGUAGAUGUGAAAGAGAAGUACCGCCGCCCGUCUGACGGGUCCCGCGGACGACACGGAUGGGUCGCCAUCGAGAGGGAGAGAGUGGCUGCAGACCGACCAGGCGACUUAAAGGAAGCCUUCAACAUGCUGCCUCCACUUCCACCUGAACAGACAUGGCCCAGUGAGCUGCCAGAGCUGGAGAUGGUCGGCCUGAAGUUCUUUGACAAGUGUGUGCAGCUGACCUUGAGGAUUCUAGAGGUCAUGGCCAUCGGACUGGAUGUUCCCGAUAUCCCAGGGUUCCUGGACGUGCACCGCUCCAUGGGGAAGGGUCGGAACUCUUCGCUGCUGCGGCCGCUACGCUACCCGCCUGUUCCCGAGCACGUCAAAGAGAGACAGAUCAGGUGUGGGGAACACACGGACUACGGGUCCAUCACGCUUCUCUGGCAGGAUGGAGCACCUGGGCUGGAGAUAGAGACCCUGACCCACCAGUGGGUGCCCGUCCCCCCCAUCCCCGGCACAGUUGUGGUAAACAUAGGAGACAUGAUGCAGUGCUGGUCUGGGGACAGACUCAGAUCCACGCCCCAUCGAGUGGUUCUUCCUGAGGAGGAGAAAUGGAGGAAAGUCCCUCGCAGAUCCAUCCCGUUUUUUGUGCACCCCGAUGACGACGCCCUGCUAACCUGCCUGGACGGGUCCGACAAGUACCCACCAAUGACGGCCGAGGAACAUCUCAAGAACUUUGCCAGCAAGAUCUACUCCGACCUUCCUACCGCUUUUGGCAAGACCAACUAGGUGGAACGUCUUCUUCAUAUUGGAUUCUAUUUGUCUCUAACAGGCUUGUUCAAUGCAAGGCCAUUUGACCACGUCUAGGCAAU